UAUAUGACGACAAAAUAAUGAUGAUAUGAAGGUGGUGAUGAUUUUACCAAUGUGUCUGGUCAAGUUCAAUGGCAUAACGGUGGAAAAAUGAGGAAAAUUUUUAAUAUAAAUACUAAUGGAUGUAUGGAAAUGGCUCACAGUUUGAUUUGAAACAUUCGGAGAUAAUAAACCUCAACAACCUCAACACUAAAGUGAAAAUGGCAGCGAUUAUUUAUUUGGCAAUUAUAACAACACUCAUAUUGCCCUUGCAAUCUCAAAUUUAUCCCAGUUAUCCCUAUUAUUAUUACAACACACGCCCACCAUUUAGCGUCCAACCCACUUUUUCACAAUUGACAACAACAACACCCACACCAUUUAUAUAUCGGCCAUUCUACAAUGGGAACACAAAUGGCAUUCGUAUUUGGCCGUAUGUCAUAGGAUACUCGGGAUAUUAUGGUAAUAGGUAUUUAUACACCUUUGACGAACAAACCAAUCCAACGGCUCCAACUCUGGACACGGUUGGGCCAAAUUCGUGGUUUUACAAUAAUAAUUGGAAUACGGGCAAAAAAUGAGAUUUUUUCCCAAUCGAUUAGUGGUAGAUGUUAGUUUAGAUUUCUAAGUUUAACUGUUAAAUCGUAGUUAUGUAUAUUCAUAGACCAUAUACUUCCAUGUGCAUGCAUAAUUCAUUGUAUUUUAAGUGGUAUUAAUUAAAUACAAUUAAAACAGAUUAUACGUUGAA